GUUUCGGUGCAGAAACAAACUUCCUCCAUGAUGCAAACAGGUUGACAGGCUGAAGAGUAACUUUUAUUACAAAUGUUUACACAUACAUACGUAUCUAUGUCCAAUAGACAAAGAACAAUGAUAAAUAUUUGAAGUAACGGAGGACAAGGAGAAAUCAAGAGUGGCUUUCUGGAAGACAAAGAAAAUGGGAAAGAAAGAAAAUAAUUGUAAGUGAAUGAGGGGAAAUCAUCAGGUGGUAUAGUGGAACAGUAAAACCUGAAAGACUGCAUAUGAAAGAUUAAGGGGGAAAGGAUGAGCGGGUAGAGACCAUAGUAUUUAUGCAUUGUGGUCAGACAGAAGGAAAAGGACCUAUAUUAAACACUCAAAAGUAGUUUGAUGCAUAAAUAUAAGGUUUGGUGGAGAGCUUGCACUUUCAGAGUUAGCAGCCACUGCGUGGAGAGGAAGUGAGUUCAUGUCACUGUUGCAAGACUAGCAUGGACAGCGUCGAAGCGCACGCGACAAAAAAACAGGGCUUGUAACGAGUACAAAAAGCAAGCGAGGCAAAGACGACUGCUGGAGCAACUGAAGUUAUGGAAAGAAGUGAGCUUGGGAAGAAGGAGGGAGAAAAUAAGACUCGUUAAAGGAAAAGCCAGCAGCCUAUCUCUCAAUCACUGCUCCACGUGUCUCUUCAAUUCUGACUGAAGAGAUCAGAGGACAUUAAGGAUAAGGACACAGGCACAGGAAAUACAGGAGAGAGAUAUAACGUACCGACAAUGGGUACCGAAAAGGAAGACGAUCUUGGGCAGGUGGCUCCAAAUACCCAGGAGGAGGUGGGGGAGAAGGACCCCCUAGCUGACCCUCAGCCAGAUCGCCCGGAGGAGUCACACCUUUUAAACACCUACAAGUGGCACACCCAGGACAGGACGCCUUCUGGGGAGGCGGGGAAGUCCGAGGCUGGGGCACCGGCGGCCCCGGAGAGGGCGGAGAAAAGCACCGCGACCAAGUGGAACAAGAUGCAAAGCUGGCGCAAAGCCCUGAGCGAGGACGCCGGGAUGAAGAACUCCACCCGCGCGGACGGCCCCAAGCCGGAGAGGAGCGCGGCGCCGCGGAAGAACCCGUUUCGGAGGGCCCUCUCGGAGCCCCCCGGGUCUCUCCUCUCCACCACCGCCCCCCCCUCCUCGCAGGCGUCCGACGUCCCCCCCGCCGACCCCUCGGGUUCUUCCCCACAGGAGGCACAGGGAGGAAAAGGAGGUGGCGCCCUCUUCAGGAAGUACCUGCGCACGGUCUCCCAGAAGUUCAAGAGGCCUCGACUGCAAAGUCGAAACAGCACACCCCUCUACCAAGAUGGCGGUGUGCCGGGAGAGGGGGAAGGGAUCGAGCCCCUUGCUGUGCCUCUGGAACCACCUAGGCUCUCCUGGGUCCCGCCCCAGGAAAUCCCGAUUUGGGACAUUAGCAGAUGCGAUCUGCAGGACAGACAGAUCCUUAUCCCACGGGAUGAUGAGCCAAUCAUGUGGACCCGGAACCGCGCCAGCAGCUGCUUGUCCAGCGUCAGCAUGCAGAAUCUCACUGGGAGUCACAGUAACUUGGAAUGCACCCCUGAUCAUGUGACCAACACUGGGCCAAGGAUAAAGAGUUCUGAUGGGGGAGUGCGGGGGAUGAUCAAGCGUCGCUUCAUGGGGGGAGCCCUGAGGAAGAGCAACACGCAGAUGGACACCGUCGGGGUGACCAGCGGCGGCAGGGUGCACGGCUCGCGAGACUCCCUCUACGUGCCGGUCACGGCCGCGGACAGCCUGGACCUGGGUUCGGACAAGAGCACCAUCGUCCGGCCCGUCCACAGCUCCAUCCUGGGGGAGAAGUACUGCUUUGAGGUGAUUAACACAGAGAACAACCACUGUUUUGGGUGCAGUUCAGCUGCAGAGAGAGACCGUUGGAUUGAGGACCUGAGGAGAGCUGCCCAUCCCAAUAAGGACAACUGCGAGCGCACAGAGAGCUCUCUCAGCCUGUGGGUGAACGAGGCCAAGGACCUGCCCCCGAAGAGACGGUACUACUGCGAGCUGCACCUGGACGGGACCCUGUUCGCUCGCACGAGCAGCCGGGCCGUCGGCAAGUCCGCCAGCCGCUCCAGCCAGGCCAGCGACGGGGGCUUGGGGUCCUCGGGCGGGGUCCUGGGAGGCGGCGGCGGCGGUGCGGGAGGAGGCGGCUGCCAGCUCUUCUGGGGCGAGCUCCUGGAGCUCGACAACCUCCCGGCCUUCUCCCAGCUCACCCUGCACCUCUUCCGCGACGAGGACCCCAAGAAGAAGCGGCACUCCAGGGACGAGGCCUACAUGCAACCCCUGGGCAGCGUGGCCAUCCCCCUGGCGGAAAUCACGGGACGGGCCUACCAGGAGCGGUGGUACCCCAUCGUCCCCUACAAGGUGCCCGGCCCCGGCGGGACCAGGGACCAGCUGGGGCCCCAGGCCUCCAUCCGCGUGAAGGCCCGCUUCCAGAACCUGCACGUCCUGCCCAUAGAGAAGUACAAGGAGUUUGCGGAGUUCGUGACGGUGGACUACAUGGGGAUGUGCAGCAGCCUGGAGCCACUGCUGAGCGUCAAGGAGAAGGAGGAGCUCGCUGGGGCGCUGGUGCACGUCCUGCAGAGCAUCGGCAUGGCCAAGAACUUCCUGAUUGACCUGGGGAGUGCGGAGGUGCAGCGCUGUGGAGAGAAGGAGGCCCUGAUCUUCCGGGAGAACACUCUGGCCACCAAGGCUAUCGACGAGUACAUGAAGCUGGUGGGGCAGAAGUACCUCAUCGAGACACUCGGGGAUUUCAUCGCCCGCUUGUACGCUUCGUCGGAGAGCUCUGAGGUUGAUCCCCGCAAGUGCCCCGCUUCCGAGUUGCUUGGCAACCAGAAGCACCUGAUGGAGACGUGUGAAGAGGUGGUGAAGAGAAUCACCGAGAUGCACAGUUCCUUCCCAGUGGAGCUGAAUGAGAUCUUCUCCAGAUGGGUGGAGGAGUGUGAGGGGCGGGGUCGGGUGGAGAUUGGCCAGCGCCUCAUCUCGGCGUCCCUCUUCCUGCGCUUCCUGUGUCCGGCCGUCCUGAGCCCCUCCCUGUUCGGCCUGACUCAGCCCUACCCCGACCCGCCCACCCUCCGCACGCUUACCCUCACCGCCAAGGUCAUCCAGAACUUGGCGAACUUCACAUCGUUUGGGGAGAAGGAGGAGUACAUGCUGUUCAUGAACGACUUCCUCCAGCAGCACUGGGAGAGCAUGCGAGGCUUCCUGCAGCGGGUGUCCAGCCCGGACAGCGAGCUGGACAUGGCCCACUUCAACGGCUACGUGGACCUGCCGCUGCGCCUGGCGGUUCUGCACAGCCUGCUCACCGACAUCAUCGCCCCCAUGCGGCAGGACACCAUAGACCAGCUACACCCCCUGCCCUCCAUCCUGAACGAGAUCUCAGCCUCCCUGGGUCCUAACACCCCCCGCAUCAAUGUCGGAAGCCUCGGUGCGGGGCACUCCAAGCCCACUUUCGUGGCCCCGCGGGAGCUGGAAAAGUACAGCCCCCACCACAGCUCCCUGGCGCAGCUGCCCAUGGACGGGACGGGCGGACAGGGGGCGCGCGACGCCAAGGCGCGGAAGCGCGUGAUGAGGACCCAGAGCGUCCCCGAUCGCAUCAAGCACCAGCGGCGCCCCCCAAAGAGGCAGGCCAGCAACGAAGUCCUUCCUCAGGAGGACCAGGCGUCGGAUUCCCACCCCCCUAUUGACAUUUCCUACCCCCAGAACUUUGGUAAUGUGAAAAACACACCCACUCCGGUUCCUUGGAUCAUCAAUGUCGCAAACAAAGAACCCUAUGAGGCAAAGACUCAGCACGAAGAGCUUAAUUUACUGGACAAGCACGAGCAGGAGCUGUCUGAGCUGCGGUCGGCCGUGGAGCAGGUGACAGAGCGCGAGCUCGAGAUGGCCAAGCGGCUGGAGGACUUCAUCGCCCAGAGCCAGGACCAGAAUGCACUGCUGCAGGCAGAGGUUCAGGAUCUUCGAGACCUGCUGGCAGACCGGGAGGAGCAGCUUGCUAGUGCCACCUUCAGGCUGGGAGUGAUAGAGGAAGAGAGGGAGGAAGACGAAAAGAAACUGAACGUUGCCGUCGCAGCAGCUGAGAGAAUGAGCCAACUGGAGGAGCAGUUUGCCGGUCUCCUGAAGGACAUACACCAGAUGGGCGGACAGACGAACACAGAACAGGCUGUGCCGGAGACAAAGGCCGAGAUCGAAAGCAGCUGAAAGCACACAGUUCAGGGGUUAACCUGUGUUGUGCUCAUAUUAUUCACUGCACAGUACCUCUCGGUCACAAGGGUUAAAGACAUCCAGCGCAAAAAGGGGAAAAGCUUGUUAAUGCACCGCUUAGCACUGAACAGCCUACAUGUCAGUGCUAUUAAGACUGAGUUGUGCAACGCAGCAGAAAAAUCUUUUCCAGCUUAUUUUGAACUGUAGGCUGUGGAAUGUGUGAGGGAAAAUGUGAAACACUGUCAUUAUUAUCAGUAAUAAUCUUUUAUUUUUACUUUCUGAAACAAUUGCAAUUUACUUUGAUUAAACACAGGAAUUCUGCUGCAGUAUGUGUUUGAACAACUAUAUAGGGCAUUUUCUGUUUUCUAAGUGGGGCUAAAGUUUUACUUUGUUAUUGUGAAAGUUCACAUAUGGUUAAUAAAGAUCAUCAAUACGUA